UAACAAAAAUGCACCUGAGAGUUCUCGUUUUCCAUAACUAAAACACCAAAUACUCGAGAAAAGAAAGCUAAAGUAAAUAUGGGUUCUGAAACUAUCAAACUUCCAAAUAUAGACUUCUCAAAUGAAGACCUAAAGCCAGGCUCUCUUGUAUGGAACCAAGUGAAAAAUCAAGUCCACAAAGCUCUAGUAAACUAUGGCUGUUUUGAAGCAUCAUUUGAUAAAAUUCCUAUACACCUUCGAAAAUCCAUUUUUGAAUCGUUAAAAGAGCUUUUCGAUCUCCCUUUACAAACCAAAAUAAGAAACAUUUCAACCAAACCUUUCCAUGGCUACGUUGGACAGUAUCCAGCAGUUCCACUCUAUGAAAGUAUGGGUAUUGAUGAUGCAAAUAUCUCAGAUAAAGCUGAAAGGUUCACUCGAAUUCUUUGGCCCGAAGGAAACCCUAAUUUUUGGUAAAACAUCCUUCUCCAUUAACUAAUUCUUAGUAGAGAUGCCAUUAUUUAUUUAUAUUUACCUUUUAGACAUCCGAAAUUCAAAACUGGCUGGCUAGACUAAUUCAGAUAUGUGCCAAAUAAGCCUAUAAGGAGAUAAAAUUCUCCCUACCAAGAUGUUUUCUAAUUUCAAGGUUCAAAUCCGAUAGUGUGGUUAAUAGCAUAGGCGGGCCCAGGAUUUAAAAAUGAUGGGCACCACUCACCACUAUCGAAUAAAAUUUUUGAG